AUGGGAGGCAUGAGUGGACGAGGAAUGGGGGGUACAGGUGGAGGAAUGGGUGGUAUGGCAGGACAAGGAGGGAUGGGGGGUAUGGGAGGUAUGGGAGGAGGAGGAAUGGGCGGUAUGGGAAGAGGAAUGGGUGGAGGAGGAAUGGGAGCAGGCAUGAGUACUGGUGGAGGAAUCGGGUCCAGGGCUGGUGAGCCCUACCGACUGGCCACCCAUGAAAAUCCAAGUUCCCCCCAACGUAUGCAGUCCAGCCAGGGGUCUGGCAUGGGGCAAGGCCAAGGGUCCGGACACGGGAUGGGUCAUGGUCCAGCUGGCACAGGAGUCCAAGGAGGCCAAAGUCCUGGUCAGCACGCCUCCCGUCGAAACCUCCAAGUGGACUUCAGCGGCUCGGGCUCCAGGACAGGCCGGUCUCCAUCGGUGUCGCCUGACCGCGGCGUGACACCCACUUCACCCUACUCGGUGCCGCAGAUCGCCCCCAUGCCGAGCAGCAAACUGUGCCCAGUGUGCACGACCACAGAGCUUUCCAACCCACCGGCUGUUCCCAACUACAACACCUGCACCCAGUGUAAGGCCACCGUCUGCAACCAGUGUGGAUUCAACCCCAACCCCCACCUCACAGAGGUUCAGGAGUGGCUGUGUCUGAAUUGUCAGAUGCAGAGGGCUCUUGGCAUUGAUAUGACCACGCCUCGCUCCAAGAGCCAGCAGCAGAUCCACUCCCCGUCCCACCAAGCCAAGCCCAUCGUCCAAGCUCAGCAGCCCCCACCUCAGCCAGCGCAGCCUGCAGCCGCAGCACAGCCCAAAGCGUUGGCACCGAGUCAGUCGGCCCAGCAGCAGCCUCAGUCUCAGCCCUACGGCCAAGCUCAGCCCUAUUCCCAGCCCCAGCAGUACCAACAGUCCCAGCCGGGCCCACAGACGCAGCCUCAUACCUCGCCGGGACUGCAAAGACACCAAGGCCCUGGCGCUCCACACACUCAAACAGGGCCCUCCCAGCAGGGCAUGAGGUCCGACCCCUACUCCCAGAGGGGUCCCGGACCCUCCGCAGCUGCCGGAGGUCCCGCAGGAGGUCCACGGAUCCCUCACCCCGGCGCCGUGCCCCUCCCCGGCUUAACCAAGGCACCGUCCCAGCCCGAUUUGGGACGUGGUUCUCCAAUGCAUCAGCCGAUGCCACGGCAACAUGACCAGACCAGAAGCGCCGGCUCGUCUCCGGCCCACAGGCCUCACAGCCAGGCAGCUCCUUCGGCCCAGGAUGGCCUGACCAAACUGUUCGGCUUCGGAGCCUCGCUGCUCAACCAAGCCAGUACCCUGAUCAACGUCGACCCCCUACCGAGCACCUCCGCCCAGCCAAGCCCUGCGAGAGGCAAGGUGGUGUUCAGCAACGCAACCCCGGACACCAGGCAGCAGCAGCAAGGCGCCGCAGGCACCAAACCGCUGGGAGGGGGGGGGCCUCAACUGCAUGCACCGACCCAGAAGCAGCAGCAGCAGCAGCAGCAGCAGCAGCAGCAGCAGCAGCAGCACACCGUGCCCCAACAGUCCCCUUUGCAUCAUCCAAAAGGGACACAAGGCCAACAACAGCAGCCGCAACCGCAACCAGGACAGCAACAUCAGCCAACACCUGCACAACUGCGCAAAGAGCCACAGAAGCAGGAACCCGUGGCCCCCGUCUCUGCUCCGGAGCCCGUGAAGCCUAAAGUGAACUGUCCGCUUUGUAAGACGGAGCUGAACAUCGGCAGCGCCGAGCCGCCCAACUACAACGCCUGCACGCAGUGUCAGAGCCAGGUGUGCAACCUGUGUGGCUUCAACCCCACGCCACAUCUGGUGGAGAAAAAGGAGUGGUUGUGUCUCAACUGCCAGACGCAGCGGCUGAUGUCAGGCGGCGGCCUCGACGAGCCGCCGCUUCCUGCACCUCACCCGUCUCCCAAGCACCAACCAAUGGGCUCGCCCCGUCACCAGGCGCCAGCCAGCCAACAGAGCCCCCUCCACAAGCCCGGCGCUCAGCAGGCGCCCAAGUCAGGCCCGCCCCAGAAGCAGGCGGCCGCGACCACCGAUAGUGGACCUGCCAAAGUACCGGCUGACACCAAGGCCACAGCACCAGCUACAACAACAGCACCGACCACGGAGGCCCAGAAAGAGCCAAAGCCCACAGAGGAGAAGCCCAAGACCGAGCCUGAGAAACAGACCCCCAAAGAACCCAAACAACCGCAGAAGAAAGGAGAGCAGAUCACACCAAUCAAGGAAAUUAAGAAGUCCAGGCACUAUGAUGAUACAAAAAACAACAGCACCCACGACUUGUCACGCAGCCCUCAGAGCCUCAGUGACACCGGCUACUCCUCUGAUGGCAUCUCCAGCUCCCACAGUGAAAUCACGGGUCUAAUACAAGAAGAGGAGAUGAAGCUAAGUGAGAGAGGAGUGAUUGGGCAGGGCUCCCCGCCAAGUCCAUCUGAAAUCACUAAGCUUGAAAGCUCCAUGAGGCCUUUGCUAGAGAAGAGCCUCUCUGAAGAUAAGGCUGACAGAAGGGGAAGAAAGCACAGAGACAGAGAUCUGGAUGACAGGGGGAAGCACCGCCCUCGUUCUCUGUCAAUUCCACCAGACGCAUAUGACUCUGAUGAGGAGCUAGAGGACAUCCUGGAGGAACAAGAAGAUGGAGGUGACUGGGAGAUUAAGAGGAAAGAACUGAAAGAGGAGAAAAAAGAAAAGAAAAAGAAAGAAAAAGAGACAGAGCCCACAGAGAUGACUGAUGAAGAGUUCAUGAGGAGGCAAAUAAUGGAGAUGAGCGCAGAUGAAGACAACGAGGAAGAGGAAGAGAUGGAAGAAGAUGACGAUGAGGAAGACGAAGGCUAUGGCUACCAGAAACAUAAGAAAACACUUCACAAGCACAUGAUGUCUGACUCUGGGAAGGAGAAGAGACGCUUGCAGCAUCACUCCAGCAGCUUUGAGGAGGAAAGUAAGAUCUCUACGGAUGUUUAUAAAGGAUCACUGGAGGAAGGUGAGGAAGAUGUGAUGGCAUCACAAGGAGGCCUGAGGCGCUUUAAAACUAUUGAACUCAAUAACACCAAUAGCUACAGCAGAGACAUGGAGCUGAGCAAUGAGAACGACUUGAGCCUUGACCGGGAACCCGAGCUGGAGAUGGAGAGCCUGACGGGAUCUCCAGAGGAACGCUCUCGAGGCGACUACUCCUCCACUCUGCCACCCACAUCUUCCUCAUACGGCUCAGGCCAGUCUCCUACGUCUAUAUCUUCAAUGGAGGAAGACAGUGACAGUAGCCCCAGCAGGAGGCAACGACUGGAAGAGGCCAAGCAGCAGAGAAAAGCACGUCACCGCUCCCACGGUCCUCUCCUUCCAACCAUUGAAGACUCCUCAGAAGAAGAUGAAUUAAGAGAGGAGGAGGAGCUUUUGAGAGAGCAAGAGAAGAUGAGAGAGGUAGAACAACAGAGGAUAAGGAGCACAGCACGAAAGACCAAGAGGGAUAAGGAGGAGCUGAGGGCUCAGAGACGCAGAGAGAGGUCCAAGACGCCACCUAGCAACCUUUCACCUAUUGAAGAUGCUUCACCAACCGAAGAGCUUAGACAAGCUGCAGAAAUGGAGGAGCUCCAUCGCUCCUCUGCUUCUGAAUAUUCUCCUCAGAGUCUGGAUUCAGAGGCUGAGGGAUAUGAGUCGAAACUUUACAAGUCGGGAAGUGAGUACAACCUCCCGACCUUUAUGUCUCUAUACUCGCCAAUAGAAAAGUCAUCAACCACGACGACCACCACAGCACCAUCUUCUACUUCCAAGCCGCUGAAGAGUGCUGAAGAGGUUUAUGAGGAGAUGAUGAGAAAAGCAGAGAUGCUUCAAAAGCAGCAGAAACAGCAACAGCAGCAGCAACAACAUGGACGACACGGGCAGUACUACGAGGAGGACAUUAAUGGACAGGGGUACGAUGAUGAGUAUGAUUAUGAACAAGAUCAAACGGGAUAUGACAACGAUGCAGCAGAGACUGAAACGGACAUUUAUGAGGAGAUUCGACAAACCUCUCAAAACAUUACAAAAAUGCAGCAGGCCACCGAUGAACAAGUUGAGAUUGAAAUAGAAAGCUCCUUCCCAGACAAACAGUUCUUAGACACAGGUUCAGCUUUUGCCAAGCUACUAGAGCAAAGCAAUGCUCUCCUGACCCCCGGGACCAGCCCGACACAGAUUUCGGCCCCUGUCUCUUUUGCUGAGACUGGAGGACGGAUCCCAGAUGUCUGUGUAACACAGCACUUUUCUAUCAAGGAUGGGCACAAAGACAGGCUUAAGAGCCAAGCAGGUAAAAACGGAAUAACCCCAACAGUGGCUGCCACAACUAUCGCCGCUUAUGGGGUUUAUGCCAGAGACGCGGUAACAAUUUCUCAGACUAGUUCAAGCCACACUAUGACAUCUACUCAGUCUGCUAUAUAUGGCCGUCACACAGGUGGCACUUCCACAUCCUCAGCUACAGUCUCAAGUGUGUGCAGCAAGAUUGCUGAGAUUACGCAAGCCUACAGUCAGAGAGAAGUGAUCACCAGAAGGGUAGGGGACACCAGGGGUGUCCAAGUGCGGGACACCUCGACAUCUUCUGCUGAGAGAAUUAUUGAGCCACGUUCUCCAAAGUAUACUACUUAUUACAGAAGCACGAGUCCUCCUCUUUCGCCAUCACCGCCACCACAGAGCCCCACUCGUUCUCCUUCCAGGAGAGCCACAGCUGAGUUCUCUACGCAGACGUUCACUUCAGCACUUCAGAGAAAGGAGUCAACUGGCUCUGGGCCCACAUCUCCAGUGAUGGCUCAGGGAACCCAGACAUCGCACCGAUCCGUUUCCCCGUGGCUCUACCGACAAUCCUCUCAGGAUGCCCAUUACUCCCCACCUUCAAGUCCAGCUAGACCAACAACAGUCAAUACUGCCACAUCUCCUCUUUCGUCACCUACCAGAUUUAGCCGCCAAUCAACAUUUGACUCUUACUCUCCAUGUGGCAGCCCGCCAGACACGCCACCUUACCAACAAUCGCCCACACGUAGUUUCUACAGAACGCAAAGGGUGGAAAAAGUAAAUGUGGGAACAAGUAUGGUCACCACCGUCAGCACUUACACCAGAGGCUCUGUGUCCAUGGAUAAUAUUUCCCUUUGUCGAAUAUCUACAGUUCCAGGCACUUCUAGAGUAGACCAAGGCCAUAUGAUCCAAGGUGGAAGUGUUGUUGACCUCAGAACUGUCACCAAACCAGCUCCUAUUAUUAUAACUGACCAAGGAAUGGAUCUCACCUCACUGGCGACCGAAAGCAGGAAAUAUCACGGUGGACCAGAUGGUAGCAGACAUUCAACAAUUGUGCAGCCACUGAUUAUGAACCUGAACACACAGGAGACCACCACUCCAACCACUGUGAGUGUCACUGUGGCUGCUUCAAUGUUCAUGAGCCAGCCCAAGCAGCCAACAGUUUAUGGAGAUCCCCAUCAAACCCGAGUGGAUCUUGGACAAGGUAUAGGUUCAGCUGUGUGUCUUUCACAGAGCAAACCACAAAUUUCACCCCCAACUGACCCAUCAAUACCGAAAAUUGAUGCCAAACUAGAAGACCUUAGCAUCCAACAGCGAGAGCUACAAAAACAACAAGAGAAGCUGCAAAAGCAACAAGAACUUCUUGAACAGCAACUGCAGCAGCACCACCAAUUGCAAAUGCAUCAGCAACAGGCGUCCGCUUUGGCCAGGUACAACCUUACUGGUCAGGUUUCACCUUUAAUGAAGAAAGACUUACUGGUCAGUCAGACUAGCAGUGCCUCAGCUGUGGUUAGUGCUGUAUCACCAGUCGUUAAUCCUGAGAUGUAUGGCACUGGUCCAGUAGAAUUGAAAGGAAAAACCAGUCCUCCAGGUUUGCUGCCAGGAGGCAAGUCACCGCAUGGUGUAGUAGUACAGAUGGAUGGAGUACCAGAACAGGCCAGAGUAGUGACUCAGCUAGUGAAGGUAGAAGAAGGGCAGGAUGCUAUGGAUCUGACAGGAGGCCAAAUUAAACCGGAUAACCAACCAGCUUGUUGUGAUGUUGUUUACCGAAUUCCGUUUGGUGGAAGCUGUGUUGGAGACUCAGAGAAAGAGGGCAUAAGGCCUCCAUUUGCUCCGCCUCUUACCUAUGACUCUGACCAAGAAAGAUCACCUGGAAGGUACCGUGAAUAUUCAGUUGAUGGGCGUAGGGCCUACACACUACCUUUCCCUGGUAGGCUUCAGCCUUCAAUGUCUGAUACAAACCUAGCUGAAGCUGGGCUACAGUCCUACCAAUCUAAACUAGAUCCUCACCUUCAAGCCUCAGGAGAACUCGCCAUAGAUCUAACUGCAAUUAAACAAGGAUAUGGAGGGUUUAUGGGAAUGCAGUAUGGCUCCUACACAGAUUUACGACAUGGAGGAGACAUUGCAGCCCAAACACUGCCUAUUAGGAGAUAUAAUUCAUUGUCUAACAUUAGUUCAGACUAUGGCUACUCUGCUCGUGAUAUUGCUAGCUUCCAAGAAGCUAACUUGGCUCAGUACAGUGCUACAACUGCCAGGGAGAUCAGUCGGAUGUGUGCUGCACUCAAUUCCAUGGAUCGAUAUGGAAGCAACCCCGACUUGUUGCAAUAUGGAAGUUUAGGCAGGGGAACUGGACCUGGAACUUCCAGGCUUGCAGCAGGUCUUGGCAUGAGACAAAACCUCCUCUUUGGAUUAGACGGCAAGCCAAUCUCCCACAAUCAGGCACUGACCAACCUUAUCAAUGCCCGGCAGGCCAGUCUUAGAGCCAUGUACCCUGCUGCUAUUAGGUCUUCAGAUGGGAUGAUUUAUUCUACCAUUCAGACUCCCAUUGCUUCUACACUUCCUAUAACAACUCAGCCUGCCUCUGUCCUCCGUCCACUAUUGAGAGGCGUCUACAGGCCAUACCCAUCUGCCAAUAUGACACCUGUUCCCCUCUCCAGUCUUAGCAGACUACCGGUGAGUCCCAGAAUGGCCCUAACUGGACAGGCUCCAGUCCGUUACCCAGCACCCGGUCUUCUCCAAACAACAUCAGUGAGUGGUACUACUGCCGCUUCAGCGACAACUUCAGCACCAGUAGGUGCCCCAAUGCCUGUGCCUCUGACAACUACCAGUAGUACAGUCCAGGAUGAACCAGUUUACCUUGGUAAAGGUGCCGCGAUGACCUCCUCAUCCGAGGCCUCAGCAGAAACCGUUGUACCAACAGAACCACAGCAGCAGCCAAUAAACCUGUCCCAAGCACAUCUGAACAGUCAGCAACAACAACUGAAGCAUGUCACAUCUGCUCAGCAGCCACAACAGCCUCCUCCACCAGCUCAUACCUACUCACCUUCAGGUCCUUCAAGUACCCAUAGCUAUCCUCAACCUCUAGUAGGUGGCUCUGUCCCUACCAGUGACAUACCCAUUCCAGGGGGUCUUCCUCCCUUCCCUCCUCCAGGUGCUAUACACAAGGAGAGUGAAACAGAAGCAGAACGGCUGCAUCGACAACAGGAGCAACUCCUGCAGAUGGAGAGGGAGCGCGUGGAACUGGAGAAACUUCGCCAGCUGCGCCUGCAAGAGGAGCUGGAACGAGAAAGGAUUGAGCUGAAACUGCACCGAGAGAAAGAGCAGAUACUGGUGCAGAGAGAGUUACAAGAACUGCAGAGCAUCAAGGAACAGAACAAGCAGUUGAAAAUCUUUCAAGUAAACUCUGUUAAACAGGUUCUCCAGCAGCAGCAACACGAACGAGAGAAACAACUAGUUCUGCAGAGGGAGCAGCUAGCGCAACAGAAGUCCCAGCUAGACCAGAUCCAGUCCUUACAGCAGCAGCUUCAGCAGCAGUUGGAGGAACAGAAGAGGCAGAAAACAGCUGCUGUAGCUCAGGGUGUGCAGCUGGAUGCAAGUGGACAGCCCCUGCACCCCUAUAUGGACUCUCAGAGCUCUCGUUCGCUCCCCAACUCCUCAUCUGAGAUGUGUCUAAGGAGUCACGAGGAGCAUAUGGAGACAAGGAGCACUAUGAGGAAACACAGCUCCAUGACCAGGUUGAGCAGGGACAGCAUGGACGGAGACAGCUCAAUGUUCUACGGAUCCCCCCGCAGGAUUGUGGACAGCUGUGUGCAGACAGAUGAUGAAGAUGGGGAGGAGAGGUACAUGAUGCGACAUCGCACCAGGAGACGUGGUCGCAGCGUCGACUGUUCUGUCCAGACAGACGACGAUGAGGACAAGGCCGAGCAGCCGGUUCGUAGAAGACGCUCCCGUUUCUCCCGGCAUACCGAGUCCACCGGAAGCACUGCUGCCACUACCAGUGCCACGAGUGACACGAAAACUGACACACCCAAGAUGGUAUCAUCCAGCAUCGCCAUUCAAACCAUCAGAGAAAUGUCCUGCCAGACUGAAGUGGAACACCUUGGAAGGGUCUCGCCAGCAAUUCACGUGACAGUUCCAGAUCCAAAUAAAGUAGAGAUUGUCCACUACAUUUCUGGACCUGAGCGAACCCAAAAAGGACAGUCUUUAGCAUGUCAGACUGACCCAGAAGCCCAGUCACAGGGUGUUGUAGCCCCUCAGCUCAGUGUACCAACCACAAUCAGUCCAUAUUCUUCCUCCAGCAGUACCGCAACGCAGCAGUCCAGUUCUGCUGACCUUCUGACCCAUCACCGCCAGCAUCAGCAUAUUGCAGCAAACGCAGCCAAGUUUGAGCGACGCCGCCCUGACCCCCUUGACAUCCACUACCAGCCUCACAACCACCUCCACAACGAGUCGAUCUCUAGCAUCAUCCGGCAGCAGCAGACGGCACCUAAAUCUCCACAAGUGCUGUACUCUCCAGUCUCACCCGUGUCCCCGCACCGCUUGCUGGAGACGUCGCUGUCCAGUGAGAGGCUGAACAAGGCUCACGUCACACCUCAGCAGAAGUCGUACACGGCAGAGUCGCCCCAACGACACCCCUCUGUGCCCCGGCCCAUCAAGAGCACCCAGAGGUCUAUGUCGGACCCCAAACCCCUGAGCCCCACCACAGAUGAGCACACCAAGGCCAGGCUGUCUUUGUAUCAACAACAAGCACUCCAGAAUCAGCUGGCAGCCCUACAGCAGAGCUCAUUGCUGCGUAAGGUCAAGCGAACCCUGCCCAGCCCUCCUCCGGAGGAGACCACUGCAUCGGCGCAUCUGCCCAUGAUGACGCCGGCCCUCCAACAAGUCUACCUGCCCUCCGUGCCCAGCCUCAAGCCCAGCUCUAGAUCUGGACUGGCUGCCAAAGCCAGCCUCCUUAAAGACCUCACCCAUGAGUUGAAAGCUGUGGAGCAAGAGUCAACAAAGCUGAGAAAGCAACAAGCUGAACUGGAGGAGGAAGAAAAAGAGAUUGACGCUAAAUUGAGAUACCUGGAGCUGGGGAUCCAUCAAAGGAAAGAGACACUGGUCAAGGAGAGGGAGAGGAGGGAUAUUGCCUACCUAAGGUGUAUGGGGGACACUAGGGACUAUAUGUCUGAUAGUGAGUUGAAUAACUUACGUCUAGCAGCUGCAGCUGCAUCACAUGAGACCAAUGGACUGCUGACAACGAGGCCAAGCACCGCCCCUCUCAGCCAAUUUACCAGUGAUCUAAACACAGCAGCCCAAUACCCACCCACCUCAUCCUUUCUCUCCUGUCAGUACCCCCAAAGCCAACCAGCAGCACCAGCUCAAUCAAAUGUGCCAUAUCAGUCUUCUACAUUCAACCAGCCUCCCUAUCCAACAGUGUCUCAGUCCCAAGCAUUGCCACAGCCCACACCACUCCAGAGCCACGUCCCCCCUCCAGGACCUGCUUAUCAGUCUCAGACUCCGUAUCCUUCCCACGCUUACCCCCAAACCCAGCCCCCAUACCCCCAGACAGACAUAGGAUUACCAGCUGCACCUCAGCCCCAGCCAGGACAUACAGGCUUUGGUCCCGCACCACCCGGUCAGCCCCCAUAUCCCACCCACAGCUCACCUUUUCCCAGUGCUGUGUCCUCCUACCCCAGCCAGACCACUCCAUAUCCUGGACAACCCCAAGCUGAUAUCCUGACAGUGCAUCCAGGCAGGCCCAGGCAGACAUCGCUUGCUGACCUGGAGCACAAGAUGCCCACUAACUAUGAGACGAUCAGCAACCCCACGGUGGUGGUGACCACCACAGCCCAGGACAUUACCUAUUCCAGUGCAGCCCCCUCGUAUGGUCAGUACACUGGAACAACAACCAUGGCCAGCUCCUAUGGGCCCUAUGGCUCAGCACCAGUGUCAAGCAGCUAUGGUGGGUACUCUACCAUGCCACCCAGCACUUAUGGCCAAUAUACUUCAACAUUAUCUAGUUCAUAUGGCCAGUAUACAACAACCACUGCCAAUACCUAUGGCUACACCACCACCACAGCCAGCUCUUACGGACAGUACACCUCUACAGUUUCCAGUGCUUAUGGACACUCUGUAGAUAGCCCUUCCAUUUACAGUACAGCAGAUGGGAUGUAUGGUGCUCCUGGCUUGGAACAAAGCAUUCCAAGAAACUACAUGAUGAUUGACGAUGUAAGUGAGCUGACGGCUAAAGACGGGCUGGGCACGAUGACAGGGGACAUGAUGCAUCAUGGCAGCAGUGGGCGUUACCCGGGCGAAAUCCACGGUCACAGCAGCACCAUUGGCAGCACAACGCGUGGGGGAAUUGGCAGCUCCCCAUACGGCAGGGCGACCGAGGAGGAAGCAGCGAUGCAGGAUGAGCUGUACGACCACCACGGCAGGGGUAAGAGCAGCUACAGGCACGGACCUCUAGGGGGCAGCAGCAGCAGCGUGAGCGCUAGUAUGGGUGGGGGAUCCUCCUAUUACUAUGACUACGACUACAAAUAUGGCAGCAUCCGCUCCGGGGUACAGAAAUCUUCACCAUCCUCCAGAGGCCUUCUGGCUCCAGCUGUCAUGUCCUCCAAGCGCGGCAAGCACAGGAAGCUUGGGAGUUUGGAGCAGAAAAUCUCCAAGUUUUCGCCAAUUGAAGAGGCUCGAGACGUGGAGGCAGAUCUAGCCUCCUAUUCCUCAGCAACAGGUGGGCCCUACCCCUCCUCUCACAUUCGAGGGCGCCAGCUGAUCGAGGAUUAUGGCUUUAAGAGGAGCGCUUAUGAGAGCAGCAGUGGCACCACUCAUGGUACUCGAUACUAUGGGUCGAUGUUCGACGAGGAUGAUCGGAUUUACUACACCUCCACCGGUCGCUCCCGUUCCACUGGCUAUGGCAUGGACAAGAUCUCAGCCAGGGACUACUCUGGCUAUCGCAGCAGAUCCUAUGAGAGAGACGAUCGCUCCUAUAGAUCUGGCUACACCCGAGGCCGCCACCCAACCAGACAGUACUCAGAAGAGGAGAGUCCGCUCAGUCCCCUGGGGAGGUUCAUGGGUUCCGGACGAUCAUCAAGCUUAGGUCCCGACCCAUACGACAGUCGCAGCAGUAGAUAUCAUUACUAUUAUGGCCAAUAUGGUUCAAGUCACUCACUGCCAGAUGUACAAGACCACAUACGGGACCUUCCUCGGACGCAUGUCUACAAAUCGGAUGAUACGUACAUAAUAGACGAUUAUCAUUGCGCUGUGUCAGACAGCGAAGCCUACCAUCUGGGCCAGGAGGAAACGGACUGGUUUGAGAAGCCUCGCUCCAGUUCUCGUCACUAUGGCAGCAGCCAUUCAACUGGGAGGAGCCGGCAUGGGGUCAAACACACGUACCACGAUUAUGAUGAGCCUCCUGAGGAGGACCUGUGGCCCCAGGAUGAGUAUGGCCAUGGGGGACGACACUCAUCAUCUCGUGACCACAGGCACCAUGGUAGCUCUAGUCGUCACUCAAACUCAUCACGUCAUUCAGAUGAACCAAGAUCUUCCAGGUCAUCGAAGGGGCACCCCAAAGACCCGACUAUGCGCCAUGACCCAUCAGCACGAUCUUCAUCUUCAGGACGGCGUGGUGAGUCAAGGUCAGCAGGUUACCAUGCCUCAGAUUAUUCACGAGAUCCAUCUGGGCAUCACCAUAGCCAGCGCUCCUCCAGGCAGGGGGACCCACACCGGUCCUCACGCAGCAAGUCCCAGCAGCCAAUGGACAUGCAGGGCCAACCAGGAUCCUCUAGAUCUGGUAGCAGCUCUGGACGGGCCCAGGGUCCUGCUGGUGGGCCUGGAGGACGACAAGGUGGCCCGGGUUCCCAGACAGAUGGGGCUCAAGGACAAAGAACCCAGCUCCAACAACAAGCCCAGACAUCAGCAGCCAGGCCAGGGCAGCCUGGUGCCACAGCCUCCACUGGCCUUCAGCAACAGCCCCCAGCCCAAGGUCAAGGCAUGGGAAUGGGCAUGGGCAUGGGACAAGGCCAGGCCAAGCCAGGGCAGAUGGGACCGACAGGUGGACCCAUGGGACAGGCCAGGCAGACAGGUCCAGCAGGAACCACCCCAGUGACUAUAGCCAAGAUCGAAACACCUCCAGCGACAGCAAUAGGAGCGAAGGCAGCGCCCAUCAUGGCCUCAAAAGCCGCCCAACCCCCACUCACAGGCAUAGGCUCCAAAGCAGCUCCUAGGCCUGUAGGUAUAGGCAGUGCUGCAGCGGGUCAGCCUGGCAUGGAGGGAGAAGGCAUGUUUUCCAAGAUCCUGCCUGGAGGAGCUGCCGAGCAGGCAGGGAAACUGGGAGAAGCUAUCUCCGGGUUUGGCAAGAAGUUCACGUCUUUCUUCUGAGGAGCAAAUGCCAGGAUUAUGUAAAUGAACGAUGAAGCCAAGAGGCCUCGUACCAGAAAAACCUGCACAACCCCCAGCUUUUGUUUUACUAGAAGAGAUAAAGGAAGAGGAGAGAGAGAGAGAAACUAAAAGAGGAAGCGAGCAUACUGCCAUUAAGGACUGGAAACCUUCAGAUCCUUCAUGUCUGGACUCUACUGGCAGAGAGCGGCUCUCUCUGACAGACCAGACAAUCAUUCUGAGCCAAUGUCCAUCUUCAGAAGAAGUACCUCAUCAUCUAGCAUCAUGAACCAAUGACCGGAUCAAACUGCUGGAGAGCUUGUGCUCGAGUCACUACAAGUUCUACCCAACCAUUGGAGACAAACAAAUCCCUCUCAGCGCUUCACAUGGAUUCACCACUGCAGCCGUAAUCAGUGGAAACCGAGGAAUGAUGCUAUGAUGUUCUACUCCCAUAUGCUGAUGAUGCCGUGGUUUAUAUGAGAGCUGUUUUUUUUCCUGCUCACAUGACAUGGAAUCACAACAACUGUGGCAUUCUAGGAUCUUUAGAUUCACAGUCCUGUGCUCAUAGGAUGGCGACAAAUCACCCUCUCUACUUCAUGUAUCUCUUCCUAAAGUACCAAACAAGAAUAGGGAAAAUGGAAUAAACUUGCUCUAGGUUUUUCUGGUACCUAAGACCUCUGUUAUAUGACGUUUUGAGAAGAAAAUUCCAGUCAUGGAAAUGUCACGUUGAAUGAAUAAGAAAAUGAUGCAGCCGACACAGACUGAGUGUGUCAGCAUGUAUUUCUUCCCAUGGUUUGCUCUGCUUCUAUCUACAUUCCAGAAUGGAACUGUUCAAAUCUUUUGCUCGUCCUCCCUUCACCUCUCUGCAUUUCUUGAAUGCCGAUUCCACUUUCUUUCUAAUCCCUCCACCCACUGAUCCUCGACUCGACCUAUCUUUGCAGACGUGUACAGAGGAUUAAAGAAAUAAGAAUUUGGAAUGCAUGGAACUUUAUAUCCAAGACCUUACACUGUUCAUCAUUAAAUAACAGAGGCCAUAAAGACAAUGGGAAAAACAUCUUAACUAGACAACGUGAAUAAUAAAGAGAAGAUUACUGAAGCAACACAGGAAUAUUGCCACAAGAAUAAGGGAAGCCUUUUGGAAUUUAUUUGGUUUGUUUUCGGAGCGAAGCCGUAUGUGGUUGGCUUGUUUUUCAGCCAUUACAAAGCCUGCUUACCUGCAGCGCUUGUGGAAACAGGGCUUCUCCACCUUCUCCACAACAUUUGGCUUCAGAUUCUUCCCAUGUUAUGGUACAGUAGGUGGGUUUUAAGUGAUGUGGUGUCUUCAUUACUUCUAACUUACUUUUGUUAUUUGCCUGGUGUUUAUGUUGCAGGUAACCAAUAUCGCCUUAACCAUUUUUAUAUGUUUUAUUUUGAAGUAAAUGUGACAUAUUUCUUAUGGCAUUCAGUAAACACAUAUUUUCACCUCACCCUUUUUUAUGCAGCGAUAACUGCGGAAACACUGGCCACAGUGAGAUUAAUUU